AUGGAGACCCUGGAAGGAGCUGAACUCUGCUUUCCACACCUCCUCAACGCCUCCUGCAGGAAGAACACACAUCCUCGCUCUGAAGUGGUGCUGCUUUACAUCCUGAUGUCCUCCAUCUCUGUGCUCACUGUGGCUCUCAACCUGCUGGUCAUCAUCUCCAUCUCCCACUACAGGCAGCUCCACACCCCCACCAACCUCUUUGUCCUCUCUCUGGCUGUCUCAGACCUCCUUGUGGGCCUCCUGCUGAUGCCAGGUCAAACUGCCUUCAUCCAUGACUGCUGGUUUCUGGGUGACCUUGUGUGUGCUAUGUAUUAUCUUCUGUGCUUCACUGUUACAACUGCAUCAAUAGGAAACAUGGUUCUCAUAUCAGUCGACCGCUAUGUGGCGAUUUGUGACCCUCUGUGUUACCCCACCAAAAUCACUCUGAGGAGAGUCAAAGUUGGUGUUUGUUUGUGUUGGAUCUGUUCUGUUUUGUGUAGCAGCCUGAUCCAAAAGGAUUCCCUGAUACAACCGGGCAGGUAUAAUUCCUGCCAUGGAGACUGUGCGCUGGUCCUAAAUUACAUCACAGGAGCUGUUGACCUUGUUCUGACAUUUAUUGGUCCCAUUACUGUGAUCAUAGUUCUGUACAUGAGAGUGUUUGUGGUGGCUGUGUCUCAGGCUCGUUCCAUGAGAUCCCACUUUGUGUCUGUCACUCUGCAGCCUUCAGGGACUGGAACUGCUAAGAAAUCGGAGCUGAAAGCAGCCAGGACUCUCGGGAUUGUCAUAGCUGUAUUUCUUAUUUGUUUUUGUCCAUCUUACUACCCCUCUCUUGCAGGCCAGGAGACCUCAACCCAGGCUUCAUAUUUAAAAAUUGUACUAUGGAUGUUUUAUUGUAACUCUAGUUUAAACCCUUUGAUCUAUGCCUUUUUCUAUCCCUGGUUUAGAAAAUCAGUGAAACUGAUUGUUACACUCCAGAUCCUGCAGCCUGGCUCCUGUGGGACCAACAUACUGUAG